UUAAAAGAAUUAUCAGCAAAGUGGGUCGUGAAUCAAUUUUGUCGAUGGUAUAUCAAAAGGAUCUAGAUAUUUAAAGUGAGACUUUUAUUACAUCCUCUCAAACUUUUUCGUCAGUGUGUUGCAUGUCGCGUGACGGUCGGGCUGCGCCUAUAGUUAGCUGGAUGCAAUUGCGUUCGGGUGGAAGAGUAGGUUCGAACCCCACACACUUGAUAAAGGUUUUUUUAUUUUAUGAAAAUGUAAAACAUAUUAAUUUUUUUUCUAUGCUGAUAUUAAUACCUAUGUUAUUAUGUGAAAAAACUUGCAUCGUGGUUUCAUAAAACCACACAAUUGCUUUUUUUAAUAUGUAGCCAUUUUAAAGAUGCCAUUUAGUGCGUAAUUUUUAUUAGUGGCUGUAAAUGCAUUGCUUUUUGUGAUGGGUUUUGUAUGAUAUUUUAGUAAUAGAAUUAGGAAUACUACAGUUUUCAGAUAAGUACCUACGUAACACCAUAUUGAGAUUUUCACUUAAGGUAUUUCCGUGGUUUAUGUUCAGCAUAUGGCAUGGCUGAUAAGUGCAAAAAAGUGCUUGAGAAUUAAGAAUAACGGUUUCGUAUAUCUUUAUUUUUUUAAACAAUCAUAGAUUUCUAAAACUAUUACAUUCGUAAGUGCUAAUAAUGAUUUUAUUAUUAAUUAAUGAUUGUUACUUAUUCGUUUUAAAAUUAAUCUAUGGAGGCUCUUUAUUUCUAAUCCUACACCUUGUCAUAACAUAGCAGCGAAUUUCGAUAUUUUUAUUAGUUAUUGAAGAAGUGCAGAACUUGUGAAAAACGAUACCGCACACUCUGGUCUUAUUAAAAACAACCGUUAUUUUGUAAAAUACUGCUGGUUAGAAUAUGUGUACAAAAAUAGCCCUGGUAACGGAAAUAUACAAAAGAAUUUAGUUUUUAUUGAGAUUAAAAUAUAAUUUUGUAAAUCUAUGCAUAAACAGGCAAAGUAUAAAACAGUCAGGUACAUAUAGAAGUGUGCGAAAUAUGGCUUAAACAUUGAUAUACAAAAAACCCAAGAUACACAGUCAACGUCUCAAAACCGUCCCCAUAAAAUAAGCGCACAAUCUAAAAUUGUGCGCUUAUUUCAAAUAGUCUCGCGUCGCCCGCGUCAGUGCAACGUCCGCGUCGUCGAAAAUGCCGAAGUGUUCGAUGCGAAAUUGUAAAAAUAUUACGUCAAGAACGUUAAAAAGGGAUGGGAUAUCGUAUCUUCGAUUCCCUUGUAACCCAAUACAAUGUGGACAAUGGACAUCGAUCGUCAGCAAACAGAGGUGUGAAGAUUUUUAUAAGCCGAAUAAGUCUAGCGUCGUUUGUUCAGAGUACUUUUUGGACAAAGAUAUAUAUGUAACUGCAAAAGGCAGAAGACGUCUUCUGAAAACGGCUGUUCCUACAGUAGUGAUAAAAUUGCCGGAUGGUGGCGUUAAUACUGAAGAGUCUACGAUUUCACUGUUUGACGCGGAAAAUAACAAGAAAUUCAUAUCUCCUACUAGUUCCCUAAGUAUAGGCUCAAUUUUAGACACACCUCGAAAAGUAAUUAUAAAACACGAACUUCAAAAAUGCCGCAAAAAGUUAUUUAACAAAGAAAAAGUCAUUGACAAUUUAAGAAAGAAAAAUUCAAGGCUUGUUAAAAAGGCCAUUUCGUUAAAGAAUGCAUUAAUAAUUAAAAAAAAAGAUUUAAAUUUGACUCAAAUUUAUGUGAAGACCUAUCCACGUAUAUAAAGCACAAGCACACAGCCGGUCCGAGGUUCGAGUCUCCUUAGGAGACGCCUCGCGACUGUUGUUGCGUAGUCUUUGCGGCCUCCACGGCACAUGUCCUAUGUCGCUGUAAGAGCAUGGCUAACAGCAUAGAGGAGGUUUUAGUCGGUAUGGGGUGUCCGCUUACGCGGACACUCGAGACUGGCAUAUUACGCCUCGUUCCGGGGCAUAAAUACGUAACUGUAUUUCCUCCUCUCAAAAAAAAUAAAAAAAAACUUGUGUUAAACAAUAAUAAUUAUGACCAAGGCUUUUAAAAUAUAAUUAUAGAUUUAAGUUUAAUUGUAAUAUUUGAAAAAUAAACAGUUUAUCUAAUAAAUACAUAUUUCGUUCAUUUGUACACAUAUCCUACCCAAAACAUAUAUUUUAUUUAUUUAACAUAAACUCUUAGAUGAAAGUUGUGAAAACUUCUAAGUAUCUAUGUAUUGUGUUUAGAACACAAUUUAAUUAACUCUUACAACCUAAUUAUUUCAUUACAUUAAAAAAAACUGUGAGAAAUAUACGUCUCCACUCCAUGCCUUGUCCGACCGGCGAAGUUCGGUCACAAAAUUUUAUUGUUUUUUGUAGACUCCUUUGUGAAAUCAACUUUAACAUAUGUGAAUAAGGUUCAAUUUGUAAAAAACUGUUUAUCGUUUGACUAUAAGUACCUAUUAUAAUAUAGACGAGUGUUUGGCGACAGUUUUGAGUCUUACUUUUGUUCGCAACUGUGCAUCUUGGGUUUUUUGUAUAUCAAUCGGCUUAAAUGAAGUUUGUAAGGGGAAGAUCACUUCAAUGCAAAAUUUAAAUGUCAAUAAUGUGUUCAAUUAAAUAUAACCAAUAUUAUUAAUUGUAGUAAGACAUAAAUCUAGUAAUAAAUAUUAUUAGCAUGAGAGAUAUCUCCUAUGCUCUACAAAACUGUACAAAAUGUGUAUCGAAUUUUGAGGGUAGUUGUAAAACUUUUUUAAUUUUUGACAUUAUGUGAUAUCAUGUCUGACGGACAAUAAUCACCUACUCAAUACUCGUUUUACGAUAUAUCUUGAAACAUAUUCAGUUUUAAUUUACUAUUAUAUUUAAUUAUGUUUAAGAUUGUGUUUAUUUCGUAUAGUUACAAGAUUGUUUACGUAAUAAGUAACAAGUGUUCAUUUACCGCUGUUGUCAAGAGAUUAAUUAAUUAAUUCUACGCCUCCAUCAUCUCUGAAACAAGAGGAGUGUUUUUAUUUGCUUAAAACAGCUUAAGAUUUUUUGUAUAAUCUAUAGUAAGACUGUCCUCUCACGAGAUUAGUGUGAGCGAGGAAGGGAUUUCGGCAAAGCUGUUCACUCGUUUUGAUACAACUAUUGCAGUUUGCUCAUCUAAUGCCGUUUAAAUAUGUAUAGUUAUAUUUAAACGGCUUCACUCGUGUUCAAUCGGUGUAGGUACCAUUAUCGUCGACACAUAGUGCCUUCUGAUUGACUGCCUUGGACUAAACUGUACUCCAUGAAAUGUAAAAUCCGGUCAUUAGUUGAGGUGUUUACUGGAAACAAACAUCAGGACACUGGAUUUAUAUAUACAUACUUAAGAUAAUGUUUCAAAAAAGAUUUAAUAACCAAUUUAAUUACCUAAUGAAGCCUUAAUUUUUUGCCAGCUAUAGACGUUAAAUUAUGCUGUUAACUAGAAGAUCCGUAUGCUGGCAGUUGAAGAAAAUAUUCUUAACUUAUUGUGACAUUUUGACUGGCAUUCAGAUUUUGAGCAAAAUGUAUUUGACCAUAGAUAGGGAUUAUAACAUGUCUCUUACAGGCUCGACAAAACAACACAACUGAAAUUGGACUAUUUUAACUAUAUACUCUUAGAUUAAGAAAUGGUCUCCAACUAGAUACCGCAGGCUAGACUAGGUACCGUAAAGUGCGGCAACUAAUACUACGCCCAAGUGGGCGUCCUCGAGCCAGUGUGACAAGCUAACGUUGUCACAUGUUCUGUUGAACUUUUCUAACAAUUGAAACAAAAAUGCCGGGUUGCGUAGUAAAUCUUUGUAAAAAUAUACUACAAGAAAUAAGAAUGACACUGGGAUCACAUAAUUAUCAUCAGUAAGUAUUUUGUAUAUAAUUAAUUUCAAUGUAAAGUAACACGAAGCUUAUGUUACAAAAUUUUAAAGAUGCCAUUGAGUGUCAAGAUGCCACCCACACAAGCAUCUAAUUGUUGCCGUAAUAAAAAAGCAAUUGUUCGUAGGUAGUGCGGUAUCUAGUUCUUGCGCAGCGGAGACCAAUACUUAUUAAUCUAAGUUUAUACUACUAUUAAACUCAUUUAUGUUAAUUAUAUAAGAGAUUAAGAAAACUCAUAUUUUUAAGAAAAAGUUUGAAAACUUUGACAUUAAGUGCAUUUUUGUGUAAUUUAUAAUUAUAUUAUGUUUAAUAAAUAUAAGUUUUAAUAUCAUGACAUUUACAGAGUUCUCAUUUUUUUUCUUAUUUAUAGGCCUUCAUAUUUUAUUUGAAUUCUAAUGCAUAGCAAUAGUUUAAAUAUCGUUAGAAAUGAAACCAAAAUGGUCAAAUAUUUUUUAUUUGGACUAGGCAUUGAAGUUGAGCGGUGUCGUUGACGCAGUCUUGGCGGCUCAUAUUAAAUUAAAAUGGCUCUUAAUGGCGGAAGUACGACAUGCACCUUAAGGCCUCAGCGUAUAAUAAACGUCAUGCAUUACUAUCGCACACCGCUCAAAAUCCUUGUCAGGGCCUAUAAUUUCGACUUUGUCCGACCGCAUUUGAUCGCCCAUGAAAAUGUAUAUUAUUUUAUUUCUAAAAAAUUUUUUUUAUAAAUUAUAAAUUUGUUUAAUAAAUAUAUUUUAGAUAAAA